AUGCCUCUUCGUUUCAAGUCCCCAGAAAGACCUUCGUCCCGUAGACCCACAUGGGUUCGCCAAACGUCACCGAGUCCAUCCAUUUCUAUAGCUGACUCUACCAUCCAACACGGCUUCCACAAGGCACUUAUCGGAUAUGAACCUACAGCUCUGCUUUGUUUGAAUGACCUCGCCGCAGAAUUAGGUCUUGGUGGCAUCUAUGUCAAGGACGAAUCAUCACGUUUCGGUCUACCUUCCUUCAAAGCCUCCGGGGCAUCUUGGGGUUGCUACCGUGCUCUCAUCUCACACCUGGGUUUGGAUCUCGAGUCUGCUACUCUGGAACAAGUGACUUCCAUUGCUAGAGAUCGGAGAUGCAGGCUGUUGGCGGCUACAGAUGGUAAUCAUGGAAGAGCGAUCGCUUGGAUGGCUCGAUCUUUUGGCAUUGAGUCCUCAAUCUAUGUACCUCACGAUUUGCAUCCUAACUUCCUGCGUUUGAUCACUGCUGAGGGAGCAGAAGUUGUUGUGGUCCAAGGAGAUUAUGAUUUUGCUGUCUCCAGUGCUGCUUCUGCCGCGGCAGCAACGAAGAACAAUAUCCUUGUGCAAGAUACAGCCUUUGAUGGCUACGAAGAUAUCCCAACCUGGAUUAUCGAUGGAUAUGCGACCAUCUUUGCCGAAAUGGAAGAGCAGUUGCAAGGACUGAAUGUACAACCAACCACCAUCAUAACACCUGUUGGCGUAGGCUCCUUGGCUCAAGCAGUAAUCACAUACGCCAAAGGACAACGAAACUUCAAGACUGUAGCUGCGGAGCCAGAUACAGCCGCUUGUCUGCACGCAUCUCUCGCUGCUGGGGAAGCCACGUCCAUCGUCACUUCCAACACGAUCAAUGCUGGCUGCAACUGCGGCACGUUGAGUUCCAUUUCUUGGCCAUAUCUUCGCGAUUACGUCGAUCUGAGCACCACAGUAUCCGACUUUGAGACUCAUGUCGCGGUGCAAGAUAUGCAUCGCCAUAAUGUCAAUGCGGGCCCUUGUGGUGCGUCUGGUCUCGCGGCUUUGAAGAGACUUGUCGCUGAGGGUCACAUCGCAAGAGGAUCUUCAGUAAUCUUGAUCAACACUGAAGCCAAGAGACCUUACGAUAUACCUCUUGAUGUCAGUAACGACGAUGUCGUGGCUCUGACCCAACAACUUGUUCAGAUCGAUAGUUCGAGUCCUUCACUGGAUAUGACGGGCUCCGCGCCAGGAGAAGCAAAGAUUGCAGCAUUCAUUACGCAAUGGCUACACCAUCGCGGUAUCGAGACUCAUGUCAUCGAGUCAAUACCAGGUCGCCCGUCCGUCGUGGGCGUGGUUCGUGGCAGCAACCCCAAAGCCAAAUCUCUCAUGUUGAAUGGACACAUUGACACGGUAUCUCUAUCUACCUACGGCUCCGAUCCUCUCGGCGGCACUCUGAGCGAUGGGAAGAUCUAUGGCAGAGGAGUGCUAGACAUGAAAGCUGGGGUUGCAGCUGCCAUGACCACACUUCUGCAUUUUUCCACGCACGGCAGCAAAGGCGAUGUCAUCUUUACAGCUGUAGCAGACGAAGAGGACAAAAGCACCGGUACUGCUGCUGUUCUUGCAGCAGGAUGGAAAGCAGAUGCUGCGUUGAUCCCCGAACCCACUUCUCUGCAACUCCACCAUGCACACAAAGGUUUCGUGUGGGUUGAAGUCACCGUCCUUGGAGUUGCUGCACAUGGCUCAGAUGCCAAGACAGGCGUAGAUGCCAUAAUGUCCACUGCCAAUUUCCUGAACGCAGUCAAAACAUACGCCGAAACCUUGCCUGAAGACGAUGUGUUGGGACAAGCGACAAUGCAUUGCGGUACCAUCAGAGGUGGAGAGGAGAACAGCAGUUAUGCUGGUUCUUGCACACUGACCCUCGAGUUCCGCACUGUGGAUGACAGCAGCAGCUCUCAGUCUUCUGAUGCGAUUGUCAAGGAUAUCACAAUUGUCCUCGAUAGACUUGCUGCCGCAGACAAAAAGUUCAAAUUCGAGAUGCCCAAGGUGCUUUUCGAGCGUAGGCCUUUGCUGCCGAUGAUCGAGACCCAUCCUUUGCUCGUUGUGACAAGAAAAGCAAUUACUGAUGUGCAAGGAGAGACGCAAGUGCAAUUCACAGCAGCCAAAUUCUGGACUGAUGCUGCGUUGCUGAGUGAAGCUGGUAUUCCAUCUUUGGUGUUUGGGCCUGUGGGUGAAGGUCUGCACGGAAAGGAUGAAUGGGUGGAUGUCGAGAGUAUCAAGAUUGUGGAGCAAGUGAUGAGGAAAACGAUUGAGAGAUUCCAAGGAAGUUGA